AUGGCCACAGCAGCACCGACUGCUAGGACCAGGUCGCAUCGACAUGAGGCAAUAAAUUCGGAGGACUGGCCUGAAGAGGUCAACGGGUCGCUUUCCCAGGGUCCGGAAGGGAUCCAAUUCAGCGGAGAUGGGCUCAAUACUGGAGUCCGAGUCCUGAGUGACGGUCGGCUUGAUAUAAACAUCAAUGAACAUAAGCCGAGUAUCGCAGGGUUAUUGAAUCGCAUUCACAGAACACAACGGGAACCCGAGAUAGAGGAUCUCCAUCACAAAGAAAGCCAGGAAGCAAUACCAAAAGAUGAAGGGAAAAAUUUUCCACUGAAAAUGAACCUUGUCAUUCAAGUCAUUGGAUCUCGAGGUGACAUACAACCAUUCGUCGCGCUGGGCAAGGAGCUAAAAGCGCAUGGACACCGGGUGCGUUUAGCAACGCAUCUAGCGUUCAGGGACUUUGUUCUUGAGAGCGGACUGGAAUUUUUCAGUAUCGGCGGAGAUCCUGCAGAACUCAUGGCGUUCAUGGUCAAGAAUCCGUCUCUCCUACCGGCUUUGAGUACGAUUCGAAGCGGGGCGAUCCAAAAACGCCGGCGCGAAAUGAAAGAGAUUAUAUACGGAUGCUGGAGAUCGUGCAUUGAGACUGGUGAUGGAACAAACCUUCAUCAAAUUAAGGAGGAUCCUUGGAGCGAUACUGUGGAUUAUCGUCGGCGGCCGUUUAUUGCCGAUGCUAUCAUUGCCAACCCGCCGAGUUUGGCCCAUAUUCAUUGCGCACAACGGCUUGGUAUUCCGCUACAUAUGAUGUUUACAAUGCCGUGGACGCCCACUCAAUCAUUUCCACAUCCUUUGGCUGUCCUCCAUCAGCAAGACUGCAAACCAACAGUCGCAAAUUUUGUUUCUUAUGCUGUUGUUGACAUGAUGAUCUGGGAGGGAUUGGGAGACCUUGUGAAUUCAUGGCGGAAGAAGUACCUCGCUUUGGACCCAUUGGAUUCGAUCACAGCGCCCAGUUUGAUACAUCGCCUCCGAGUUCCAUAUUCAUACCUCUGGUCGCCCGCAUUACUCCCCAAGCCACGCGACUGGAGCACUGACAUUGACAUUUGCGGGUUCAGUGUCCUUCCCGCCAAAUCAGACUACAACCCCCCGAAAGAAAUCGACGAUUUUCUCAAAGCUGGCCCAACUCCAAUUUAUGUUGGAUUCGGCUCUAUUGUUGUGGAUGACCAGAUAAAAUUAACAAAGAUUGUGUUUGAAGCGAUCGGAAAAGCGGGCCAGCGAGCCAUUGUCUCAAAGGGUUGGGGAAAUCUCGGAGUCGAAGAGGUGGAUGUCCCUGAUAACAUUCUCAUCGUUGGAAGUGUUCCGCAUGAUUGGCUUUUCCAACGUGUCUCAUGUGUCAUCCAUCAUGGCGGUGCUGGUACAACUGCUGCAGGCCUUUCCCUUGGGCGGCCGACAAUCAUCGUUCCAUUCUUUGGCGAUCAACAAUUCUGGGGCGGGAUAGUGGCCACGGCGCGAGCUGGACCAGCUCCAAUUCCUCACAAACAACUAACAGUUGAAAAACUGAAAAAUGCAAUUGAGAUCGCGCUUCAACCUGCGACCCAACAGAAGGCACAGGAGAUCGCAGCCAAAAUGCAGAAAGAGUCCGGUGUAAAAGACGGGGUACGCAGCUUCCACCGACAUCUCGAUCUGAAAUCUCUUCGAUGCGCUAUAUGCCCAUCCCGUCCUGCUGUAUGGCACGUGAAACACACCCAAAUUGGUCUAAGUGCUUUAGCUGCUUCGGUGCUGGUCGAAAUGGAGAAAAUAAAACCUCACGAUCUUGUCUUAAAUCGUUCAUCGGAAUACGACACCUGGCGCGACCCCGCCGGCCCAAUCAGUGCAGGAGCACAGGUACUCGUCGGCGCCAUUGCAAACUUCGUGACCGGAAUUGGCGAGCUACCUUAUGAAAUGGCAACGGAUCUCAUUUCUGCUGGCCGUGCAAUUGGGCAUCCACACAGCGAAAGGGACCCCGUGUCUGCGGCCGCUUGCGCAUGGAGAAAUCGCCACCGAAGAAGCCAGGAGUCCAGCGAAGAAAGCGGAGAGGAGCAGUUCCAUGAAACCAAUGAAUAUCGCCAAUCCGACGAAUCAAAUGACGACGAUGGAACGAGCCUCGAUGAGGAUGACGAGCUGAGCGAAACGCUAGCCGCAACCAGUCUUGAAAGAACACGCAGCCUACAACUCGAAAAGGCCCAGACGAUGAGCUGUAUAGACUCCCCGCAACGGAAUACUGCUCUCACUGAGAUGCGCUCUCAUGGCAGACGGAUGUCAUUGAAGCUUUUGAAAACUGUUAUCUGGCUCCCGACGGACCUAACUCUUAGUUUAUCCAAGGGAUUCCACAAUGCGCCGAAGUUGUACAACGACCCGACAGUAAAGGCAACGCCGAAGGUCAUCGGAUUCCGUAGUGGAGUCAGGGCUGCUGGCACGGAACUUCGAGAUGGCUUCUAUUACGGAGUUACGGGCUUGGUCACUCAGCCAAAACAGGGUCUCAAGCACCAUGGCGCGAAGGGGAUGGCCAAGGGUAUCGGGAAAGGUAUUGGUGGUGUUGUCCUCAAGCCACCCGCAGGACUCUGGGGUCUGGCCGGUUACCCAUUAGCCGGACUUCGCAGGAGACUGCAAAUCUCCUUAGGCAAGAAGCAGGAGAGUGCUGUUGUGGCGUCUCGAAUAAUGCAGGGACUCGAUGAGAUGCGGGAAUCAUCUGCUGAUGAACGAGCAGAAAUUGCCAGGAAAUGGCUUCUUCUGGAGGAAGAUCUCCGUGUUUCUUAUUGA